AUGAGUACGGCAAUGACUGUUGCAUUCAGGCCACAGGUGCCAGACUUUUCACGUGGUACGGAAUCUCUUCUUCUGACUGCUCUGCUGCUAUUCAUUGGAACCAAUGCUUAUUCGCUUGUAUGCUGGCCUCUGGACGAACCAUUCUCAAGACCUGAUAUACUUUCGCUCAGUGAACGAACGCUGGAUGCAUGGCGCAGCAAGCAGGUAGCUGAGGACCUGUCGCCAUUGAUAAACCAGAUCUCGCUCACCGAUACGAUCCGCUCAUGCAUGCAAAACGAAACUCUCUAUCACAUGUUUUCUAUGGAUAAGAAAUUUCAUUUGUACGAAUUACGUGGGUACGGCAGAGAACUAUACGACCGAUUAGCGCAGAACGUACAGACUGCCUUCUCGGACGUAAACAUAUCCAGGCCAAUUGCUGCAUUCGCUUCCCCCGCACAGCUUCUUCUUCUGCAGCGCUUCUUCAAUUUUACCGUGGAAUCAAAUAUCCAGCAAAUCUUUUCCCAGAUCAAAAAUGGCCUGGAGCGGCUUGACAAAGUCUCAAAAGUAGUUUCUUUCACUGAGGAGUUGAAUGAUGGCGGAAAACUUCCAAGGGUCGUAGAAAUAAUUGCCAAACAACUGCAUGCCAUUCAGGUUAAUUCUUCGCUACGUUGUUGUAGGCCUGUACUGCGCGCGUCUUCAAGUUACAAAGGCAGAAACGAUUCCGCUAAAAUGCAUUAA